AUGCUGUAUUUCAGGGAGAUGGACCAGAGGAUGAUAUUUGUAUCCAGAAAACGAUAUCAUAACAUCGCCAUCCUGCUUGCUGUGGACAAUGAAAUAGGAAAUACGCAUAGCCGAUUGCACGAAAAAGCCAUCGCCAUCGCCAUCGCCAUCGCCAUCGCCAUCGCCAUCGCCAUCAUCAUCACGCUCAAAUAG